AUGCCGCUCUGUCUCACCUUCAUCGACUUGAAAAAGGCCUUCGACUCAGUUGAGACGGAAGCGGUCGUGGAAGCCUUGGACAACCAAGGCGUCCCUACUCAGUACAUAAAGGUACUUCGAGAGUUGUACAGUAACUUCACGACCGGAAUUUCGCCAUUCUACAAGAACAUCAUCAUUGACGUGAAGAGGGGGGUCCGACAGGGUGAUACAAUUUCACCCAAAAUAUUCACAGCCACCCUCGAGAACGCAAUGCGAAAGUUGGAAUGGGACGACAUGGGAGUGAAGGUUGAUGGUCGGCAGCUACACCAUUUGCGCUUUGCUGAUGACAUCGUACUGGUAACACCUAGCAUCAGCCAAGCGGAACGAAUGCUGACCGAAUUCGACGAAACAUGUGGAUGCAUCGGUCUUCAGCUGAAUCUACAAAAGACGAUGUUCAUGCGGAACGGAUGGGUCUCGGAUGCCCCAUUCACGCUCAACGGAACGAACAUAUCCGAGUGCACCAGCUACGUUUAUCUGGGUCGGGAACUGAACAUGAUGAACCCCGAGCUGGGCAGGAGGAGACGAGCGGCUUGGGGAGCGUACAAGAGCAUCGAGGAUGUAGUGAAGAAGACCAGGAACACCCGGCUCCGUGCUCACCUCUUCAACACCACCGUACUUCCGGCUUUGACCUAUGCUUCGGAAACCUGGGCAUUUCGCAAGCAGGAAGUAAACGCGGUGAGCGUCAUUGAACGCGCAAUUGAGAGAGUGAUGCUAGGAGUAUCCCGUUUCACGCAAGUGAGGGACGGGAUUCGAAGUUCUCUCCUACGUCAGCGAUCGAAGAUUAGAGACGCCGCCGCGUUUGCCAAGGAAAGUAAAAUAAGGUGGGCCGGACACGUGAUGCGCUUUAAUGACAACCGUUGGACCAGAGCCGUGAGCGACUGGGUUCCCCGCGAUAUUAAGCGUACUACAGGAAGACCGCCGACCCGAUGGUCAGAUUUCUUCACGAAGUCCUUGAAAGAAAAAUAUGAUGCUCUUCGUGUCCCACGCGAAAGGAGGAACCACUGGGCUACUCUGGCACGCGAUCGGGACAAAUGGAAAAAUUACUGGCGCCCGCUCGACCAGUUCGAAGAUCAACGGGAGUCAAGGUGA